GGACGCCGCACGGGAGGGAGGGAAGGGAGGCGGGAAACAGCUUAGGGGGUGCGGGGUCGCGCAGUUCCUUUUGGCAGUCAGCGGAGAGGUUCCGAAAUGGCGGUGCAGCCGAAGGAGACGCUGCAGCUGGAGAGCGCGUCCGAGGUCGGCUUCGUGCGCUUCUUCCAGGCCAUGCCGGAGAAGCCGACCACCACGGUGCGCCUCUUCGACCGGGGCGAUUUCUACACGGCGCACCACGAGGACGCGCUGCUGGCCGCCCGAGAAGUGUUCAAGACCCAGGGGGUAGUCAAGUACAUAGGGCCGGCAGGAACAAAGACCUUGGAGAGUGUUGUGCUUAGUAAAAUGAAUUUUGAGUCUUUUGUAAAAGAUCUUCUUCUAGUUCGACAGUACAGAGUCGAAGUUUAUAAGAAUAGAGCUGGAAAUAAGGCCUCAAAGGAGAAUGAUUGGUAUUUGGCAUUUAAGGCUUCUCCAGGCAAUCUUUCGCAGUUCGAAGACAUUCUCUUUGGUAACAAUGAUAUGUCAGCUUCCAUUGGUGUUGUGGGUAUUAAAAUGUCUACAGUUGAUGGCCAAAGACAGGUCGGAGUUGGGUAUGUUGACUCCAUACAGAGGAAGCUAGGACUUUGUGAGUUCCCUGAUAAUGAUCAGUUCUCCAACUUGGAGGCUCUCCUGAUUCAGAUUGGACCAAAGGAAUGUGUUCUACCAGGAGGAGAGACUGCUGGAGACAUGGGAAAACUGAGGCAGGUUAUUCAGAGAGGAGGAAUUCUGAUCACAGAAAGAAAAAGAGCUGACUUUUUGACAAAAGAUAUCUAUCAGGACCUCAACCGGUUGUUGAAAGGCAAAAAGGGAGAGCAGGUGAAUAGUGCUGUCUUGCCAGAAAUGGAGAAUCAGGUUGCAGCUUCAUCAUUGUCUGCAGUAAUCAAGUUUUUAGAUCUCCUAUCAGAUGAAUCGAACUUCGGACAGUUUGAACUGACUAUGUUUGACUUCAGCCAGUACAUGAAGUUGGAUAUUGCAGCAGUCAGAGCCCUUAACCUUUUCCAGGGUUCUGUUGAAGAUACUACUGGCUCUCAGUCUCUGGCUGCACUGCUGAAUAAAUGCAAAACCCCUCAGGGACAAAGACUGGUCAACCAGUGGAUUAAGCAGCCUCUGCUGGAUAAGAACAGAAUAGAAGAGAGACUGAAUUUAGUGGAGGCUUUUGUAGAAGAUGCAGAAUUGAGGCAGAGUUUACAAGAAGAUUUACUUCGUCGAUUCCCAGAUCUUAACCGACUUGCCAAGAAAUUUCAGAGACAAGCAGCAAACUUACAAGAUUGUUACCGACUGUAUCAGGGUAUAAAUCAACUCCCUAACGUUAUCCGGGCUCUGGAAAAAUAUGAAGGAAAACACCAGAGUUUAUUGUUGGCCAUUUUUGUCACUCCUCUUAUUGAUCUUCGUUCUGAUUUCUCCAAAUUUCAGGAAAUGAUAGAAACAACUUUAGAUAUGGAUCAGGUGGAAAACCAUGAAUUCCUUGUGAAACCUUCAUUUGAUCCCAAUCUGAGUGAAUUAAGAGAAAUAAUGGAUGACUUGGAAAAGAAGAUACAGUCAACAUUAGUAAGUGCAGCGAGAGAUCUAGGUUUGGAUCCUGGCAAACAGAUUAAAUUGGAUUCCAAUGCACAGUUUGGUUAUUACUUUCGUGUAACAUGUAAGGAAGAAAAAGUCCUUCGUAAUAAUAAAAACUUCAGUACGGUGGACAUUCAGAAGAAUGGUGUUAAAUUUACCAACAGUAAACUGACUUCUCUCAAUGAAGAGUAUACCAAAAAUAAAACUGAGUACGAGGAAGCCCAGGAUGCCAUUGUUAAAGAAAUUGUCAAUAUUUCUUCAGGAUACGUAGAACCAAUGCAAACACUCAAUGAUGUGUUAGCUCAGCUAGAUGCUGUUGUCAGCUUUGCUCACGUGUCAAAUGGAGCACCUGUUCCCUAUGUACGUCCGGUCAUUUUGGAAAAAGGACAAGGAAGAAUUACACUGAAAGCGUCCAGACAUGCUUGUGUUGAAGUUCAGGAUGAAGUUGCAUUUAUACCUAAUGAUGUUCACUUUGAAAAAGAUAAACAGAUGUUCCACAUCAUUACUGGCCCCAAUAUGGGAGGUAAAUCCACUUAUAUUCGCCAAACUGGGGUAGUAGUUCUCAUGGCCCAGAUUGGGUGUUUUGUGCCAUGUGAGUCAGCGGAAAUAUCCAUUGUGGACUGCAUCCUGGCUCGCGUAGGGGCUGGCGACAGUCAGUUGAAAGGAGUCUCCACAUUCAUGGCUGAAAUGCUAGAAACUGCUUCUAUUCUCAGGUCUGCAACCAAAGAUUCUUUAAUAAUCAUAGAUGAAUUGGGAAGAGGAACCUCUACAUAUGAUGGAUUUGGAUUAGCGUGGGCUAUAUCAGAGUACAUUGCGACAAAGAUUGGUGCUUUUUGCAUGUUUGCAACACAUUUUCAUGAACUUACUGCCUUGGCCAAUCACAUACCAACUGUUAAUAAUCUACAUGUCACAGCACUAACUACUGAAGAAACCUUAACUAUGCUUUAUCAGGUGAAGAAAGGUGUCUGUGAUCAAAGUUUUGGGAUUCACGUUGCAGAGCUUGCAAAUUUCCCUAGGCAUGUAAUAGAGUGUGCUAGACAGAAAGCUCUGGAACUAGAGGAGUUUCAGAAUAUUGGAGAAUCACAAGGAUAUGAUGAUACGGAACCAGCAGCAAAGAGGUGCUAUCUGGAAAGAGAGACUUCAUCUGUAUCAUUUUGAUUUCUGACAAAAAGAGAGCAUGUAAGUACCACAUUUAAAACGUAGGAGGACAGGAAUGUUAGUCUAGGUUUAAAGUAAUUCAAAGGAGUUACAGAUGUCCAGGCACUUUUUUGAUUACUUCAUAAACAGAUAGGUCAAGUCAGUUAAUGGUAUAUUUACUCAGUUAAUUGCUUAGUUAAGGGAAUAAGAAAGAAACAGUUCCUGCGUUCCAUUUGUCUAGAAUCUGGUUGGGAAGAUAUUACAGAACAUGUUAAGGAAAAUCAUACAGUAUAUGACAUGUUUACUCUGGACAGCUCUUUUUGGGCAGGAUGUUUCACUUCUCAUGGGAGAAGUAUAUCUUAAGUUAGGCCUUCUCUGAGUGAUGAAUGAAAUUUAGAUGUACAGAAAGGUACAGCUUAUGCUCAACAUAUUUUUUUUAAAAGUAGAGGGGUAAUUCUCUGCAAUAAUGAAAAUAAAAUUAAUUCACUGCUGGGCUCCAGCAGCAUUUACUUCUUGUCAUGAUUUUAGCUUUUACCAGUGAGUUUUUUACUUGAAGGAUAGAUAAUGGUUGAUCAUAAUAGAUGAUCGUGUAUGAUUUUUAAGCUUUAAAGGUAUAGUUUUGUCUUUUGUCCCCAGAUAGGCAGGAGAAAUGUGUUAUAUCUUGUUACUAGUUUAAGUUAGGGAGGUUGCGGUAGAGUGUUAUUAUCAGCACCACAGCUGUUGGUGGUCUGGGGUUAGGUAGGCUCUUUUAUGUAAUCCCUAAUUUCUAAAUAGCAGAAACCAUCUACUUUUGAUAACAUUAAUUACAUUGUACAAAAAAAAUACUAAGUAAAUUCUGAAGUUUUUUGAAAAAAACUUUAAAGGAGAUGUAUAACUAUCGAUGUUCAGUCUAGAAUCUGUCUUUAUUUGAAAGAGUGCACUUGUUAUUUAAUAGAGAAAUAUAUCUUCUUUACCUUACCAUUUGGGAUAUCUACCUGUCAACCCUUAAGGUACUUACUACCAACUAGCUCCCGGUAUGAAAAGCAGGCUUUUAGUUCUGCUUCAUACGUGAUGAUAAACAUUUACACAACACUUACCCUUUCCCAGGCACUGUCCUAUGUACUUCCAAGCACACGCAUUCACUCUCCAGUUCUCCCAGGAGCCCUGUGAUGUUGAAAAUACUAUCAUCCCCUUGUUGUGAAUGAGGAAUGUGGGUUAAGUAAUUUCCCCAUGGUCACAUGGCAAGUAAUGGCCAUGCUCUUUAGAAUGCCAAUGAUUGGCCAGUAAAAUAGUAAUUUAAAAAUUCUGUCCAUAUUUAAGUACUGAAUUUUCAGUGACUGUUUAUGCCUUAUAGUAUUUAUAAACUUGAAUUCUUUUUUUCCCAGAAGAUUAAGUUUAUAUAUCAAUAAUGAAAGGUGAGGGAUUGGGGGACUACUAAAAUAUUG